CUCCAGUGAUGUUGUCUCACGCGGACCCGCUUCACCUGUAGACUGUCUCCGGAGUUCAGGACCGUUUUAUUCUGUUUGUCUGAGGUUAAAUCCACAAUCUCCUGGAGAAGUUCAGUGCUGGAAACACAAACAGCCAUAAUGAACAAUGAGCAGUAUCCUUCUCUACCGCUCAAAGAAAAGCAAAUUAACAUCAUCAGCAUCAAAGCCAUAGAAGACAUUGGGCAUGAUCUUCAAGAUUCUAUUCUCCUGAAGUCUCUCGCUCCCGAGGAGAACACAAAAUGCCAGCAGGGUCUGUACUUCCAGGACGGCAAGAGGCGGGUGGACUACGUCCUUACUUACCACAUCAAAAAGACAAGCAGCUCCCGACGCCACACAUCACGUCUCAGAGACAACGCCUUCACCCGCACCCUGCGGCGGGGUCGAGAGCCGCCUCCGCCUGCACCCAAAGAUGACGCUGAAGUGGGCUCGCCUCACCACAGCAUGGACCACCACGAUGAUGACAAAUGUUUACGGCGUGAGGAGUUCGAGAGUAACCUGAUGGAGAUGGGCCUGGAGCUGGAGCGAGAUGAGGAGACCAAGACUCCCGGUAUGGGCUUUGUGAAGAUUCAUGCUCCAUGGAGCAUUCUCUGUCGAGAGGCUGAAUUCAUGAAACUGAAGAUGCCUACCAAAAAAGUGUAUGAAGUGAAGCACAGCACUGGCGUAAUGGAAAAGAUCAACGUGUUCAUCAGCAAACUAACAGAUCCUCUUCAUCCAAACUUAGAAGAGAACAGGACACAGAAAGUGAAGCACCUCUCGUACCCGUUCUCCAGGGAAAAGCAGCAUCUGUUUGAUUUGUCUGACAAAGAUUCCUUUUUUGACAGUAAAACAAGAAGUUCAUUAGUAUUUGAAGUUUUGAAGCGAACCAAGUGCACAAAAGCUAAAUUUAGCAUGGGAAUAACUAGUCUGCUUGGGAGUGGUGUUUAUUUGGCUGCCUAUCCAUUACAUGAUGGUGAUGUUGGUGGGGAAAACGCUGAGCCAAAUGACAGAAAGCUCUUGUAUGAAGAGUGGGCCAGCUACAGUGUCUUUUAUAAGUACCAGCCCAUUGGUUUAAUCAGGAAGUACUUCGGAGAGAAGAUCGGUCUAUACUUUGCUUGGCUUGGCGUUUACACCCAGAUGCUGAUCCCUGCUUCCUUAGUAGGGGUCAUUGUGUUCCUCUAUGGAUGUGUUACUGUUGAUGACGACAUUCCGAGUAUGGAGAUCUGUGACCAGCGGAAGAACAUCACCAUGUGUCCUCUGUGUGACCGUGUGUGCAGUUACUGGAACCUGAGCAUAGCGUGUGGGACGGCCCGGGCCAGUCAUCUGUUUGAUAACCCUGCAACGGUCUUCUUCUCUAUCUUCAUGGCACUGUGGGCGGCAUUCUUCAUGGAGCAUUGGAAGCGGCGGCAGAUGCGUCUCAACUACGAGUGGGAUCUCACAGGGUUUGAGGACGAGGAGGAAGCACUGAAGGAUCACCCGCGAGCCGAAUAUGAAUUCAGAGUCAUGCAGAAAUCACUGAAGAAAGACCAUAAAUCACAGAAGCCAGAGAAAGAAAAGCUGACAUGUAGAGACAGAUUUCCUGCAUAUAUGACAAACCUCAUCAUGAUGCUUUUAAUGAUCGGUGUGACGUUUGCUAUUGUAUUUGGUGUGAUUUUAUACCGGAUCUCAACCAAAGCCGCUCUGGCUAUGAGCUCAAACCCCAUGACCCGCUCCAAUGUCAGACUGACGGUUAAAACCACAGCGGCCAUCAUAAACCUGGUGGUUAUUCUCAUUCUGGAUGAAGUGUACGGCGCCGUCGCACGUUGGCUCACUGUUCUCGAGGUUCCUAAAACGGACAAGAGCUUUGAAGAAAGGCUGAUCUUCAAAACGUUCAUCCUCAAGUUCGUGAAUGCGUUCACUCCCAUCAUAUACAUUGCAUUUUUUAGAGGCAGACUCGGGGGGCGUCCGGGAAGCUAUCUCUAUGUGUUUGAGUCCUAUCGGAUGGAGGAGUGCGCUCACGGCGGCUGUCUCAUGGAGCUCUGCAUUCAGCUCAGCAUCACAAUGCUCGGCAAACAGCUCAUCCAGAACAACCUGUUUGAGAUCGGCGUCCCUAAACUGAAGAAGCUGAUCAGAUACAUUAAAUCCAAGAGAGGCUCUUUCCAGGAAGAGGAAUAUGAGAAGAAGUUACAGCGUUAUGAGACGGAUCAUUUCCUGGAGCCCUUUGCUGGCCUCACGCCCGAAUACAUGGAGAUGAUAAUCCAGUUUGGCUUUGUGACUCUCUUUGUGGCAUCUUUCCCACUGGCGCCUCUGUUUGCCCUCCUGAACAACAUCAUUGAAAUCCGUCUUGAUGCCAAGAAGUUUGUGGCAGAACUCAGAAGACCAGAUGCAGCCAGAGGCAAAGACAUAGGAAUCUGGUAUAAUAUUCUAAGAGGAGUCGCAAAAGUGGCAGUUAUUGUCAAUGCAUUUGUGAUCUCCUUCACAUCAGACUUUAUUCCACGGCUGGUGUAUCAGUACAUGUACAGUCCAGAUGGGUCGAUGCACGGCUUUGUCAACCACACGCUGUCUUACUUUAAUGUCAGUCACUUCCAGAAUGGUACCGCCCCACUAGAGCCUUUCCACCUGGGCUUCCAUGUGGACAUCUGCAGGUAUAAAGACUACAGAGAGCCUCCGUGGUCUCUGACACCAUACGAGAUCUCAAAAGAGUUCUGGGCUGUGUUGGCAGCCAGACUAGCAUUUGUCAUUGUCUUUCAGAAUGUGGUGAUGUUGAUGAGUGAUGUUGUGGACUGGAUCAUCCCAGAUAUUCCCAAAGACAUCAGUUUACAGAUCUAUAAAGAGAAGAUCCUCAUGAUGGAUCUGUUCAUGAAAGAGGAACAGGGAAAGACACGGAUAGAGGACAGCUACAAAGAGACGAGUACUCUGACGCGCUCACGCUCCAUGUCUCACACAGCCUGCAAAAACUACUAACAUCAGCAGCCUCAGAGUUUCUAUCAUUACAUUCCACUGACGAACCCCAGACAUGCUGUUGGGUCUAAAAUAAAGCCUGUCGCCAGUGCACACUGCCUGAGUUCAUAUUGUACAGUUCUUCAUGCUUCUUAAAUGUAAUUUGUGUGCUCUACGUGUUUUUUUUUUUAAAUUAUUAUUAUUUCCCUCUAUGUCAUUGUUCUCUUUCAGUGAAUGCUGCUGUGACACAUUCUAAUGAUAAUAAAAAUGCAAAGACCUAAACGUACUCUACAGAAGUAUGUGAACAAAAACACUUCUGGCUAUGUGAGCUCGAUUUUGUGCAUCAUUGUAUCAGAUUCAUAAUGCAACAGUUUCCUAGCAUUGCUGGCCAUUAGCAUAAAUCAGAGUUGUUCAGCUGUGGUCCAGUAAUCCUGGUGAGGUGUGUUUGAUGAGGCUUGUGGAUCUCAAGGGCCAGAGCUGAUGAACACUGGCGUAGACAGUCUUCUGUGUUGUCUUGCAGGUCUAUUAUUGUCAUGACAAAACAUUUUGAAUAAUCUUUUUGAGCAAGUUUGUUAAACUACCUGAAGAACAUAUCCAACGUAAUGAAAAAUAGUAACUCUGUCGUCCCCUUGAGAACGAAGGUUUGUUAAUACCACAGUAAUACAAGAUCAAAUUGUACAGUACGAGACCACACACUUGCAAUGCAUUGGCCAAGCAUUUGCGUUUGCAUACUUGAGUAUGUUUCUAGCUUAUGAAUUAUUCUUCUUACUAAUUGAUUCUCUAAACAAAUUGCAUCACAUUAAAAAAAUUGAACUGUUUUUAUACACUGAUAAAAUGCUCAUAUGAAGCAUAUCAGUUAAUGUUACAGAUCAAGGCAUUAAAAUCCUGAAUGUAAUGAACAAUUUACCAUUUUAACCCAUAAAAAGAGCUGUUAGAUGUUUUGAUUGAAAUGUGAUAUUUCCUUUUGAUUUUCAGUCCUAAAGGUUUUGGUUGCUUUGUUUGCAGUUAUUUGUGAUUGAAAAUGUCUACUAUUCUCUAUUUAUAACAAAGUCUAAAUAUGGGAGAAGUUGUAAGGCUUUUUAAACAAGGAAUUUUGAAAAGCCCCAGCAGAUUUGAAGUGGACGGUCUUUAUUCAUUCUUCUGUAUGUUCAAACUGUCAGAUGGGCUCCACCUCAAAAAAGAAUGUUAAUGUGAUGAGCCACUCUCUCCUCUGCUUUAAUUCUUUUCAAUCAAAUGUACCUCGAUAUUUCAUGUUUUCACUUUUAUUGUAUAAUGGAAUUGUUCUAAUGCUUUUAAUUCUUUUGUACAUUUGAUGCUUUUCACAUUUAAAGGUGCUUGAUAGAAUAUUCAUUUUCUGUAUGUUGAGCAAACAUUAACAUUGCGGAACAUUAUCAUUUCAUAAGACAUACUUCUCAUUCACAUUGUGUUCAUAGAGCGUAACAGACUUGAAAACCAUAAAUUCCAUCUUAACUCCAAUAAUGUUUUAGAUUUUAUACAUCUUUGUCACUUAGACUGUUAGAUUUCUAAGGCAUUUGUAUACUGUCCUGAGAUGUAUGGCUUUGAUUAACAUUUACCGUUUGCACCAAAUGGGUUGUA